AUGACCUCCAACAAGAUCCGAGUAUCCGUCGAAACUCGCGCAGUCUGCCAGUCGCAUCAUGUCAAAGCGAACCCAGAUCUGACGACCCGUAACUUCUGCAUAGCCGGGCUGGCAUUUGGAUGGGUUUUUGCGUCCUUGUGUCUCAUUGCAGGAGCGAUAAUGCUCAGCUCAGACCACUUCCCCAUGCCAUCAUACGUGCGAAUGAAAGUGAUCAUGGUCAAUUUCUUCUUACAUACUAUGAGGCCCGGGAAGCCCUAUCCUCACAAUCAUCGCAUAAUACAACUGCAUCAGGGGACCUCCGUACUGGUACAACUACUCCUGAACUUUCUCGUGACCAUUGUCCUGGACACCACGAAUUACAUUCACGCCAUGACUCUUAAAUGGGCUCUUCUCAGAGAAGGCCGCUUAAAAUUCAACUCGAAUGUGCGACUUUUUACCAGCGCUCAUGCACAUGGACCCAAUAGCUGGUAUAUGAACUCGGUUUCCCUUCUUGGUUUGGCUAUUUCAUACGGAGCUACUUCAGCCGCUCUCACAGACGUGGUUAUUGUUGGACAAUGGGACCAACGGACCCAAGAGGUAGAGUACGGCCCAUCAGAAUCAUCCGAUAUCAUCGACAUCAAUGGCCUAGCAAUAUUCGCCCUGGGCAUAGGAGUGUUUUUACAGGUCGGCGUGUCAACUUACAGCUUAUUAUGCAGCAGUGAAGCGAAGACUUGGAACAACACCCUUAUAUCAAAUGCCAGGGCGUGGCUUGAUGGCAGAGAGGAGAACGAUGUUUUGUUUGAGGAUAAAUUUCCAGAGUUUACCUUCUCAUCCCAGGAGGUACAAGACUCAAUGCUCAGUAUAGCGCCACAUGUUCAAAUUGCACGACGCCUAAUCUGGGGAUUCUGUGCGCUCUUCACAGUUUGGUCCAUAAUACAAGGGAUCGUCACUGUCACCAGCGGCUAUAUGGCGGAGAAUUUUGGUGAUUUUUCUAGCGGCGCAGAAGGAUACUGGAGGUUCUAUGGAGCCAUGUACUGGGAUUAUAAGAGAAUCACCAAAUUUCCCCCUUACUGGCUUGGAUUGAUCAUUCAAAUCAUAGCGCAGUCUUUUCUUACGUUUGCGCUGCAUUGCGUGGAGCUUAUAUUCGAUCUCUCGCGUGAUGAAGCGGCAUGGCGCGAGUUGGAAACAGUCGGCGUGGAUGCUGACCCGUCUAUGAAGUCGAAUUUCAGCUGGCAGACACUGAUCAUGUUGGCGAUGAAGGCGAUCAUACAGUGGGUCUUUGGGUAUGCGCUCACUGCGGAUGUCUCGUUCAACAUUGCGCUGUUGCCGAUAAUUGCUCUGAUGGUUUUGUUCAUUCUCUUGGCACUUGGGUCAGAGUACAUGUUGAGAAACAAGCCCAGGGGUAGCCUUCCUGCAUCAUACGGCAAUUUUGAGCGAGUGACGCAGCUUGUGGAUGAUUGGGAUCAUGAUAGUCUUUUCUGGGGUGAUAAAGGAUAUUUUAAGGACGGGAUACGUCGUGCGGGCACGGCUGGUCAACGGCUGCCAGACUUGAAGCCGGAUUCUUUCUAUUGUUGUCGUCCGAAAGAAGAUUGA